AUGUUGGCCAGCGCAGUGGCCGGCGAAUGUGGCUUGAAUUUUAUCAGUGUCAAGGGUCCUGAGAUUCUGAACAAGUACAUUGGUGCCAGUGAAAAGAGCGUUCGUGAUCUGUUUGAAAGAGCACAGGCCGCACGUCCUUGUGUGCUGUUCUUUGAUGAAUUCGACAGUAUCGCCCCUAAGCGUGGACAUGACUCCACUGGUGUGACUGACCGCGUGGUCAACCAGCUCCUCACUCAAAUGGACGGAGCGGAAGGUCUCUCAGGCGUGUAUGUCCUGGCUGCCACCUCUCGACCAGAUCUAAUUGACCCGGCUCUUCUUCGUCCCGGUCGUUUGGACAAAUCUCUCCUCUGCGAUAUGCCCUCCCACGCCGACCGAUUUGACAUUAUUCAAGCAGUCAGCGAAAAGCUGAAGAUGAGUGAGGAUGUUGCAGCUCGCUUCGACGACAUCGCCGCCCAGACCGAAGGAUUCUCUGGUGCCGAUAUCCAGGCCGUGGUGUACAACGCACACCUAGAAGCCGUGCACGACGCAUUGGGUGACCGGACUACUGACAACACCAAAGCCAAUUCGAAGCCUAGUGCCUCAAAGUCCACAAAUACCUCCAGCAAGUCAUUCAUCCAAUUCCUCUACUCCUCUUCCGAAGAGGCGUCCGGGAAGGUUUCAAUGCCCGCCCCAGCCAUGGUUGCAGCGAAGUUAGACGCAAUCAAGAACUCGCGACGCCGUCAGCGCCAGCUUGAGAAUGGCACCACUCCUUCCGGGCCUGCGAACGCUGCUGCAACCAACGGAGCCGAGUCUGGUCCAGAUGAGCUCCGUGACGAAAUCAUCGUCCGGUGGGAACAUGUCGAACGUGCUCUCAAUACGACCCGCCCCUCGCUUAGCUCUACGGAACGCCGACGGUUGGAGGGUAUUUACCGAGAGUUUGUGGUCGGGCGUAACGGCGAGAUGCCCAAUGGUGAAGCGGGAAAUGAGAUUGGAGGGCGAACGAGUCUGAUGUGA